UUAGCCUCUUUUAAAUAUUUUUCUUCGUUUACUUUGCUGGUACAAGGCAAACCCACCACAGCCAAAACCAUUAUUCAGCUUCAGCCACCUAAAACACUAAACAGAAGCCACCAUCGCCAGCUUCAUCUCUUCUUCUUAUCCAUGUGCCCUUGAAACUUGAAGCUUGAAAGCCGGCUGCUUCAAAUUCAAUGGCCACAGGUUGUUGUUGUUGUUCUUCUUCUCCCCAUAUGAUGUUUCAAUCAGGUUUAAUCAAAAAGCCUGUCACCAGAAUCUUUAUGCUUCGAGACAGACAGAUCCAAUUACCAUCUGCCAAGAAAUCACCAGCUGGGUUUCAGAUCAGAUCAUCCAUGGAAAACAAGGUUUUUGAAGAUCAGUCAAGGGGAAUAGUCUGUUAUAGGGAUGGCAACGGCGAAAUUAUAUGCGAGGGACUUGACGAGGGCCCGCGUUUUCAACCUGCAGAGGCCCCAAAACCAGCUCCCAGCCUAAGUGCGUUCAGACAGAUUGAAAUCAUCAAUCUUCUUCAGAGAAACGGCUUUCAAAUUAUUGAAGCGGAUGGACAAAAAGCUGUCACUGCACAAGAAGAAGUGGACUGGAACGGCUCUAACAGAUUUUGUUAAAGCUCCAAGCCUCCAACAAAAUAAGUUGCUUGCUAGUGCUUACUGCUUAGAGAGAGCUUUCUAAUUAAUAUGAUGAUGAUGAUGUUUAUGCAUGUAAGACACUAUCCCAAUGUGAAGAAGAAAGCAUUGAAGUACCUGAACCUCAAAUGUACUGUACACUUAGGAUCUAGGAAUGGGAGACAACUMUCUUUAGGCCUAUAGAGGUGGUUUUUUUUUUUUAAUAAAAAAAAAAAAACUUUUAAUCAUUAGUAAACAAAUUGCUCAUCUUUUCAUAUA